UUAAUCAGAGUUGCUCCCCUUCAAUCGUGUAAAUGUUUGGCAAGGCAUAGCUGCUCCACGAAGCAUGCUUUUAUUUAUGUGUUCUUUAUGAGAAGAGAGGAUAUGAAUCAUUUAGUUUCUACUAUACUUCUGUAUUAUUUAUAUACAAUUGAUGUAUAUGUGCUCUGAAGUUUAAAAGCAAAGCUUGGCCUCUCUUUUCGCUGCACGUUGUGUGAAAAAGGAGCUUGCUGAAUUUAUAAAAUGGCACCGAAAAAAGAUCUAUUAAAGCAGGAAGAAAUCCUCCAGGCUGUUGUGAUUGCCGAUAGCUUCAACGUUAGGUUUGGACCUGUUACUCAAGAAAAACCGCGGGCUUUGCUUCCAUUAGUUAAUGUUCCAAUGUUGGACUAUACACUGGAAUUCUUGGCCUCAUCUGGUGUUCAGGAAGUCUUUGUAUUUUGUUGCCAUCUUGCAGAUCAGAUCCGAACGCAUAUAAGCAAUUCCCGAUGGAGUGAAAAUGGAUCAUCCAUGGUGGUGAAACCUGUUCUUGCGGAGGGAUGUUUAUCAGUAGGAGAUGCUCUGCGGGAGAUUGAUGCCAAAUCGCUAAUCAAAAAUGACUUUUUUCUUGUGUCUGGUGAUGUCAUUGCGAAUCUCAACCUUAAAGCCAUAAUGGAGGAGCACAAGAAACGGCGAGAGAAGACAAAAUCUUCUGUAAUGACAAUGCUGUUUAAAAAAGUUAUGCCUGCUCAUCGAACACGUUGUGCUGAUGACAACAUUCUGCUUGCUGUGGACCCAACAACACAACGCGUCUACCACUACCAGAAAACUGGCCUUGACAAGAAUCCCAAAAUACCUGUGGAGGUCUUUGAUGAGAACCCUGACAUCAUUAUUCAUCAAGACUUAAUGGACUGUCAGCUGUGUGUCUGCACGCCAGCAGUUCCACCACUCUUCACUGAUAAUUUUGACUACUCCUCUCUGGAUGACUUUGUGCGGGGCAUUCUCAUCAAUGAGGAGAUUCUUGGUAACACCAUACACAUCAGUGUGGUAAGGGAAGAGUACUGUGCAAGGGUCACCAAUCCUUACAUGUAUGAUGCUGUCAGUCGUGAUGUCAUACAGCGAUGGGUGUGCCCUUUGACAGCAGAAAGCAUGAUUGGUGACCGAAAGGACCCGAUUUCAGUUCGCAGACACAACAUCUACUUGAGUAAAGAUGUCAUGCUUGCCCGGGGCUGCAUUCUGGAGGAGAAUAUUGUGAUCAGCAGCGGCUCAUCUGUGCAGAAUGGAACACGAAUCUCCAAUUGUGUCAUAGGAAAAAACUGCAAAAUAGGAGCGAAUGUUACACUUGACAGCUGCUAUUUGUGGGAUGGAGUGGUGAUAGAAGACAGUUGUGUAAUAAAUGGUGCAAUAGUUUGCAAUAAUGUGACAGUCUACUCAAACACUCGUAUUCAGCCUCGAACUAUAUUGUCCACAAAUGUAAAAGUUGGUCCUGAUGUUGUCCUUCCUGCUGACAUUCGUUUGCAAGCCCAUCCAUCAGUUGAUGAGUUUGACAAUGAUGACAAAAGGCAAGAGGUGCCAGAAACUACACCAGAAUAUGGAGUUAAGAGUCGUGCAUUUCGUUUCCAAGCGGAAGUGGAGAGUGACGAUGAAGGAGAGCAGGUGGGAUGUGAGUGGGGCGAAGCUCUUGUCCCACGAGAUGAAGAAAGUGAGGAUGAUGCUGAUAGUUUAGCAGACUCUGAUAUGGAUGAGAACUCUUUACCUUCAGAAAGCCCGGAACAUGAUGAUCUUGGCACAUUCUAUUUGGAAGUCUUGGACACAUUGAAGAGGGCCCAGGAAGAAGCAGUUAGCACAGAGAAUCUGGUUCUAGAAAUCAACUCUCUCAAGCAUGCAUACAAUAUUGAUAUAAGUGAUGUGCACCAUGUGGUUAUCAAGUCUGUGGUGGACCUACCACUGCGAGAGUCUGAGAGACAAGGACCUGCUGCAAUACAAUCAGUUUGCAAGCAUAUUGACCAUCAUCUGUCACUGAUCAGGAACUACAUUAAAAGUGCUGAUGCACAGAUUGACUGCCUUAACUCCCUUGAAGAAUUUGCAUUGAACGACUCACUAGUCCUUCAGUUUUUGAUGAAAGUGGUUCACCAUCUGUAUGACACUGAUAUUCUUGAUGAAAGUGUAAUCUUGAGCUGGUUCCAAUCUCCAUCUCGAAUGCAUGAUUUGAAGGACCAUAGUCGUGUACGGGAACAGCUAAAGGAGUUUAUCAGAUGGCUGAAGGAGGCAGAGGAAGAAUCAUCAGAGGAAGACUGAAUACGAGUUGCAAGCAGAUUCAUCUAGUUUUGCUUUGCACAGUCCUCUAUGUAGUUUUAAGGUUUGAACUUGUAGAUUAGACACUAAUGAAUAUUUUGUUUUGAACUUUAAGAUUCUCUUUCAAAAACAUUUAUCUUGCCAUGGAAAAAAUGCAGAAUAUUAAAGUUUUAUACAUCCUU